UUGUUAAACUGUCUGGCGCUCGGCACUAAGGGGUUAAAACAAGGACUGGUUAGCUCGGAGUCAGGGAGCUGUGUCUUAAUGGGGUAUUCAUGUUAAACUGCUGCGUGAUAUCUCAGUGGGCUAGCACUAUAAAUUGUCAUUAGUCUGGACUAGUACAAGCAGCCCCCUCCACACACACACUCAAGAUUGCCGGUUCCACUGGAAGCGCUUCCUAAGGCAGCAAGUAAAGGUAGAACUAGCCACUGUUAAUUUUGCAUUUUGUAAUAUUAUCCAACAUGCAACGUUGUGCCAACCAAACUAAGGUUGUUGAUCAUGCUGUUCGUUUCCAGUCUUCUUUAGGAACAAAGACAUUGAUAUUAAAUACUUGUAUUCCUUUCAUAUAAACAAUCCACGAGUAAAUCCACUCCAAAGCCACCUACAAUGGAAGAACAUGAGGACGCCAUGUUUUCUGUUGAGGUUGAAGUAGACGGAGACAACGAGGCUGCCGCCACCUACUACAACUGGGUACCACCUCACAUGCGGCUGGACAACCUGAAACAGUGUAUAAGUGAGAAGAAGAAAAAGAACUCAUUUGAAACCGAAUUUAAGAUAUCAGAUGUCAUCGCAUAAAAGUACGAAACAUCUCAGGUAAGUUUUUCCACUUUAGUAUAUGUUCAUGUAUUUGAUAUGAAACGACUGGAGGAAGAGCUUCUCAAAUGUCAUGUAACAAUUUACUUAAAUAUUUAACACUUAUUUACAACCACAUAUUAGACUUGAUUUAAAAAAAAGUAUGAUUAGUGUUAUUACGAUAUAUUAAUAAAACUGCUUGAUUUACUACAUUAAACCCGAUGUCUUAGGUGCACCAAACGCCUUGAAUCCCCUUCACUAGAUGAAACCGAUGAGAUUAACAGGAGAUAAGAAGGUGUAGUGUUGACAAGGAUCUAUCACCUAAAAACAGGCCAACGAUAAAGGUCUGACCCCGUCUACCCCAAACCCCAGAGGAUGUGUGAUUGGGAUGUCAUGCAACUGUGGACACAAAUACAUCGGAGAGACUUCACGGAGAGACGUCUGUUAAAAAGACUGACAUGAAAUCUGCCCUUUCGGAACAUCUUUAAAAAAUCCCAACCCUGACCACCAUAUUUCCUGUCCAUAAACCAUACAAACAUCAACAAUUUGUAAAAGAGGAAACUUCAAGAAAACAUUGAAUCAAAAGAAAGAAGCCAGCCAUUAACAGAGACAAGGGCAUCUACCCACCAACCGUGUAUUUCACUGUGCUAUAAUCACAUUAUCUUCCAAAAUGGGCACCGUGAUUACCUUAUUGCUUGUGUCACAAUUACCAGACCCUUGUCACCACUACACCCUCAGUGUACUUAAUUAAUCGUCUCCUGUUAAUUUCAUUUGCUUCGUCAUUAUAAUGUUGUCUUAAUCCCAUCCCAUUGGCUUCGUCAUUAUAUUGUUAUCAUUGUACAUUAAUCCUAAUCCAUCGGCUUCGUCAUUGUAUUGUUAUCUUUGUACAUUAAUCCUUAGUCAUUGGUUUUGUUAAGCUCAAACUCAUAUAUUCUCAGAAAAAACACCCACGGUGGUACAUAAGAUACAAUUAUAUACAUUUUUUUUAUGUACAAAAUGACAGCAUUUAACAAGAACAAUAAAAAUGGGAUACUAAUACAAUUUACCAAUUGUAUUGUUCACAAUGUUAAGGAAUUCAGAUAAGCAUUUUAGAUCUUUAGUAUCCAUUUAUAGUGCGUUUGAUGAAAGAAUUAUUCUCCGUGUGUUUGCAAACCGACCUGCUGCCGCCAUUUUGGUCACGUCAUCCACCCCACCUAGUAACCAACCUGAUUUAUAUUUAUAUAUUACUCUAUACACUUACCAGGAAAAAUUGCUAUCCAUAAAAAAGUGUCAUGUAGUCAUGUUCUUUCAACUUCUAAAUGCCUAUGUGCUUACUUAAAAACUUUCAUGCCAACAUAAAAGUGUAUGGGGAAGUGGAAUGUGCGGUUUUUAGAUCAAUGCUUUCGUAUCUUGUUUAUCUUUACCCUCACAAUUUGUGUACUAUUGUACUGAUCAUGUGACACGUUCCUGCUUGACGCCACUCACGUCCUGGUUGCCGACACAUGUGCACCUGUGCAAGCAGGGACGUCAUAUGAGAACGAUUGCGGGUUGUUGAUGUGAGAGACCUGGGACGAAAUGGCAUGGUUAUUGUCUGGGGUGCUGUUGAUCUCCAUCACUGGGACACUCACUGAUGCCGAGUGCCAUUGUGACACUGUGACUGCCUGUUCCCUGUUCCCAUCUACUCCCUGUAGCCAGGUCGGCAGUCCAGACAGAUGUCAACGGGGAUGGUUUGGUUCCUACUGCCAGAGACAAAAUAUUGCUUUAGGAAGAAGUGCCAACCAGAGCAGUACAUACGUUGAAAACAGUUACCGGACAGGGAAUAAAUCACACUAUUUCGAGGCCAAAUAUGCUGUAGAUGGCAGAGCUACCAACGACUUCUAUAGUAAACCACUGACAUGUACACAUACAAACGGGGGAGUCCACACAUGGACAGUGUACCUGGACACCUCCAACACAGACCAGAUACAACGCAUCAGGCUGUAUCUACGUAAUGACAAUCAAGAAAGAAACAAGGGCAUGAAGAUAUUCGUCGGUGGACAGCUUUGCACCCAGUGGCCAAUCAAUACCUAUCCGGAUUCUACAACUGACGUCAGAUGUCAACAACCACUGACAGGAAACACACUCACUAUACAGACAAGUGAUUAUCUCACGCUAUGCGAGGUGCAGAUAUUUGUUUGCAGUGACGGCUGGUUUGAUGAGGACUGUUACAAACAGUGUCAAUGUUUACAAAACACAGAAGUGUGUGACAAGAUCACUGGACAGUGUCUAAGUGGAUGUGCUCCAGGGUACAUGGGAAUACAUUGCCAAUCAGUAUGUCCAGACGGUUUCUAUGGAAACUGCACCUCCAAGUGUGGAAACUGUCGCAACGCUGCCUAUUGUAACAAGGCCACAGGCUACUGUCCAGGGGGAUGUGCAGCAGGGUGGUUAUCUGACACCUGUCUUCAACCAUGUCCAAAUGGUUCCUACGGUCCGGACUGUGGCGUCCAGUGUGGCAACUGUCUGGAUGGCGAUGUUUGCAUCAAGACAAAUGGAACAUGUCCUGGAGGAUGUGCAGCAGGGUGGAUCAGUGACAGGUGUAAUCAGUCAUGCCCGGACGGACGUUAUGGUGCCAAGUGUGCUUCUCAGUGUGGUCACUGUCUGGAUACUGAUGUCUGUGACAAGUUGACAGGGAAAUGUCCCAGAGGAUGUCAGCCUGGAUGGUGGUCAGAUCUCUGUUCACAAGCUUGCAGUGACGGUCGUCACGGACACCACUGUCAGUCUGAGUGUGGCCAGUGUAAAGGAAACCUGCCUUGUAACAAAAUCAAUGGAACAUGCGAUCAGGGAUGUCAGCCAGGGUUUCAAGAACCCACUUGUAAAGAAUGCGUUGAUGGAAUGUACGGAGAUGACUGCAUGUCCCGAUGUGGUCAGUGUAAAGACGCCCUGACCUGUAAUAAGUCCAGUGGGGAGUGUCCUGAAGGAUGUCAGGGCAACUUAAUGAAGCCCCUGUGUCAAGUGUGUCCAGCAACACCAGGAUGUUUAAGCCGGGAAGCGCAAGUUGUAGCAACACUCGGUACACUUCUCGUCUUGGCUGUCAUCGCUCUGUUGACGUCCAUCUUUUACAACAGAAGACUGAAGUGUCAACUGGAUGCUUUACAGAAGAAGCCUGAAGAUAACUACAUAUCUCUUGACGAGAAGACCAAGGAUCCAGUUAUGGAAAACACAUAUGAACACAUUGACAGCACCACUCCUUAUGCUAAUGCAGGCGAAGACCAGUACGAAAUGGCAUGGUUAUUGUCUGGGGUGCUGUUGAUCUCCAUGACUGGGACACUCACUGAUGCCGAGUGCCACUGUGACACUGUGACUGCCUGUUCCCUGUUCCCGUCUACACCCUGUAGCCAGGUCGGCAGUCAAGACAGAUGUCAACAGGGAUGGUUUGGUUCCUACUGCCAGAGACAAAAUAUUGCUUUAGGAAGAAGUGCCAACCAGAGCAGUACAUACAGAGAAAACAAUCAACUGACAGGGAAUAAAUCACACCGUUUCGAGGCCAAAUAUGCUGUAGAUGGCAGAGCUACCAACGACUUCUAUAGUAAACCAUUGACAUGUACACAUACAAACGGGGGAGUCCAAACAUGGACAGUGUACCUGAACACCUCCAACACAGACAGGAUACAACGCAUCAAGCUGUAUCUACGUAAUGACACCGAUCCAGAGAGAAACCAAGGCAUGAAGAUAUUCGUCGGUGAACAGCUAUGCGACCAGUGGCAAACCACUAUGUAUCCGCCUGCUAUAGCUGACGUCAGAUGUCAACAACCACUGACAGGAAACACACUCACCAUACAGACAAGCAUUUUUCUCACGCUAUGCGAGGUGCAGAUAUUUGUUUGCAGUGACGGCUGGUUUGAUGAGGAGUGUGACAAACGGUGUCACUGUUUACAAAACACAGAAGUGUGUGACAAGAUCACCGGACAGUGUCUAAGUGGAUGUGCUCCAGGGUACAUGGGAAUACAUUGCCAAUCAGUAUGUCCAGACGGUUUCUUUGGAAACUGCACCUCCAAGUGUGGAAACUGCCGCAACGCUGCCUAUUGUAACAAGGCCACAGGCUACUGUCCAGGGGGAUGUGCAGCAGGGUGGUUAACUGACACCUGUCUUCAACCGUGUCCAGACGGUUACUUUGGAGAUUGCAUCUCCAAGUGUGGAAGCUGCCGCAACGCUGUCCAUUGUUACAAGGCUUCAGGCUUCUGUCCAGGAGGUUGUGCAGCAGGGUGGUUAACUGACACCUGUCUUCAACCGUGUCCAGACGGUUACUUUGGAAAUUGCACCUCCAAGUGUGGAAGCUGCCGCAACGCUGUCCAUUGUUACAAGGCUUCAGGCUUCUGUCCAGGAGGUUGUGCAGCAGGGUGGUUAACUGACACCUGUCUUCAACCGUGUCCGGAUGGAUGGUAUGGUAUCAACUGUGCCUCCCAGUGUGGAAACUGUCUCGAUGGUCAUACAUGUAACAAGUCAACAGGAAUAUGCCCAAGAGGAUGUGCUGCAGGUUGGAUGAACGACACCUGUGUUCAACCAUGUCCAAGUGGUUCCUUUGGUCCGGACUGUGGCGUCCAGUGUGGCAACUGUCUGGAUGGCGAUGUUUGCAUCAAGACAAAUGGAACAUGUCCUGGAGGAUGUGCAGCAGGGUGGAUCAGUGACAGGUGUAAUCAAGCAUGUCCAGAUGGUGUUUAUGGUAUUGACUGCACGUCCAGGUGUGGAAACUGUCUAAAUGGUAAUGCGUGUGACAAGUCAACAGGAACAUGCCCUAGAGGAUGUGGAGCAGGGUGGAUGAAUACCACGUGUCAUAACGUGUGUGACGACGGGAGGUAUGGCAGUGGAUGUGCGUCAGAAUGUGGUCACUGCAAGAGUGGUACAGUAUGUGACAAAACGAACGGAACCUGCGGGAACGGAUGUGAUGGAGGAUAUUCAGGUCUUCGUUGCGCGCGUCUGUCGAAUACUGCUGGAAAGGACGACUCUAUGGCUGGAAUAAUUGGAGGGGCAGUUGCAGCGCUGUUGGUCAUCGCUAUCGUCGUAAUCGUCGCAGUUGUUAUCUACAGGCGGCGAAAAGGACCAAAACAUGACGACGAGAGAUUGCAGUCUAACCAAGACAUGAUUGUAGUUAAAACCAUAACUGACAACGCAGCCAGAAAGAAAUCUAUAUCAACACCAGCGGCCCGCGACGAUGAGGACGAAGAUGCCACACUAUCUGUUGAAGCUGAAGUAGACGGAGACAACGAGGCUGCCGCCACCUAUUACAACUUUGUACCACCUCACAUGACGCUGGAGAAACUGCAACAGUGUAUAAGUGAGAAGAAAACUAAGGCCACUUUUGCAACAGAAUUUCAGGCCAUCCCAUAUGGAGCAAAACACCCACACGACGUCGGCAAGCAGCCAGAAAACAAGAAGAAGAACCGCUUCCUUGCUCUGUAUCCAUAUGAUGAAUCGAGGGUAGUGUUGGCAGAUGGAGAGGAGUACAUCAAUGCUAAUUACAUCACUGGGUAUGAUGAUACUCAGAAGUACAUUGCAACACAAGGACCCAAACCGGUGACAAUCACUGACUUCUGGCGGAUGGUGUGGCAGGAGGACGUCACCCAGAUAGUCAUGCUGACCAGGCUGAUGGAGAUGAACAAGAAAAAAAGUGAAAAAUACUGGCCCGAUGCGAACAAGACCGAAAACUACGAAAACGUGAAGGUUUAUAGCAAGAAUGUGUUAACAAGAGCUGAUUACACUCUCUCAACUUUUGUGGUACAAAGCUCCGGUAUCGAGAGAACUGUUACGCACUACCACUUCACAUCCUGGCCUGACCAUGGUGUUCCUUCUGUCCCUGCCCUCGUCAACUUCUGGAGACUGGUCAAACAGGGGGACAUGGCCAGGGGGCCCAUGGUGGUGCACUGCAGCGCUGGGGUAGGCCGAACAGGGGCGUUCAUUGCCCUGGACUACCUGAUGGAUGAAGCUGCGAGUGUUAACAGAGUCAAUGUGUUCAUGUGUGUCAGCGCGAUGAGACAGAACAGGAUGAACAUGGUCCAGACGGAGAGUCAGUACGAGUUUGUCCAUGAUGUUGUCCUGGAGGCGCUCCACAGUCUGGGGACGCUGUACACGUUCUCAGAAUUCGACAAAACUUUCGGCCUCGGAGACACAUUUACGGCUCAACAGCAGAAUAUGCUGAAGAAACAAUUCAAGCUAUUCAGAGGACUAUCAUCAAACCUUACAGAAGAGACAACGUCGCAUGCGCUACUUCCAGAAAACUCUGACAAAAACAGGAGUUUAGAUAUUCUUCCUGGAAAUAAAUCAAGGCCGUAUCUGUGUACCCCUGUCCAGACACGAAAUGACUACAUCAAUGGAGUAUUUUUACCAUCUAGCCUACAUCUAUCAAGCGUGAUCGUCACCCAGACUCCCAUGCCAGACACUGUGCUGGACUUCUGGAGACUUGUGUAUGACCAUGACUGCCUCACCAUUGUCUGUCUGGAUGAAGCACAGGAAACCAUUGGAAUGUACCCUGAAGAAAACAAAGCGCUGAAAAAGGAGCCGUUCACUAUUGCGCAAGGGGAAGCGAAUUCAAACAGAGAAAUAUACACAGAGAAGAAGUUAACGCUUGCACAUGACAAGGAGAACAUCGAGGAAUCAGUCAGUUUGUUCUGCCUCCCAUCACUGGACAUGCUGACCGACACUGCUACCCUUCUGGAGCUGGUCAACAGAGUGGACAGGAUCAUCAGCUCUGCUGACCACAAGGUUCUGGUGCACUGCCAUGACGGUGCCGGAGCGAGUGGUGUGUUCUGUAGUGUCCUGAACAUCAUCACCAGACUGAGAUUAGACAGAACAGUGGACAUCUUCCUCACCACUCGAGAACUACAGCGCGUCAGACCCCAGUUCAUACACACCCUUGAUCAGUUCAAGUUGUGUUACGACAUGGUGAAGGAAUAUAACCGUGCUUCCAACGUCUAUGCCAAUCUAUGAUAUAGCGGCAGAGCAACGAACGUUCAACAACCCACCUGGACCAGACAGUCGCUGAACUGACUGACCCAUGCAUGCUACUUUAAUACAGAGUCAUGUUUUCGACGUCAAGGCUUUUAUCCAAAACAGAACAGAACAGCUUAUGUCUAAUUUUAGCUUUCGUAUAUAUGAAGUACUUUCCCCAUUUAUGAUAACUUAAUUACAUGUUACUGAUUUUGUUUAGUUGCGUUAUGAACCAGACAUCUUUCUUAAUCACUCAACAUGGCAACUCUUGUCUGCCAUUUUACCCUGUCUUAUAUUUGGUGUCGUAAACUUAAGAUAACUUAGCGCUUC